AUGCGUAUAGACACUUGCUAUUUUUGUUCUUCAAAAAUAUAUCCAGGGCAUGGAAUGCAUUUUGUAAGAAAUGAUUGUAAGGUAAGCCUAUAACAAAUAUAAUAUAUACCUACUACUUAUCUACACUAAUAUUCUUUAUUUUUCAUAUUAUAUUUUAGGUAUUUAAAUUUUGUCGCUCAAAAUGUCAUAGAGCAUUCCAAAAGAAAAAGAAUCCAAGACGUGUGAGAUGGACCAAAGCAUACCGUAAGGCUGUUGGUAAAGAAUUAGCUGUUGAUCCAUCAUUUGAAAUUGAAAAGAGACGUAAUAUUCCUAUGAAAUAUGAUAGAGAAUUUUGGCAAAUGUCAAGUAAGUAAAUUAAUAAUUGAAUUCAUUUUGUAUUGUAUUUUUUUUAUAUAAUAGAAAACUGAUGAGAUUAAUAUUUAAUCAUAAAUGUGUUGUUUACUUACUUAUGUGAUCAGUGGAAGCAAUCAGAAAAGUCACAGAAAUUCAAAAGAAACGCCAAUCUACAUAUGUAAUGCAAAGAUUGCGAAAGGGGCGAGAAGUUGAACAGCACAGAGAUAUACGAGAAGUUCAAAGAGAUAUGGCAUUGAUUAGAUCUCCUGCUGCAGGUAAAAUCAUUUUAAUGACUGAUCAUUAUAUUUACAACCUAGGUACUUUUUUUUAACAAUUUUUAAGAUAACUAAUUGUUAUAGUUAAUUAUACAUUUUAAAAUACGAUUAAAUAUUACAAUUUCAAGACCCUGAUUAUAUUACUUUAAUUUGUAUCUAUAAAAUUAAAGUAGGUACCUAUAAUAAAUUAUAAUUUGAACGCUUUUUUCAAAACAAUUAUAUAUGAAAUACAGACUUUUAUCAUAUCAUUAGAAUCUUUGGAUAUUUUCUGUUUACAAUAAAUAUAAUACAUUUUGUAUUUUAAUAAUAAGAAUAAAUCCAACUAUUAUAUAAAUAGCUUAGCAGAAAUAAAAAUGAAUGGUAAUGUGGUCCUUUUUGCUUAUGAAACUGCUUUAUUAAUACAUAUAGAUGUAGAUAUAUCAAAAAGCUAAUUAUGAUUUCUUCAAAAAUUAAAAAUUGGCUAAUAGAAAAUAAAUUAUGGUUAAAUUUCAUAAAAGAAGUAGUCAAAAACAAUAGAUUAAUAAUUCAUAAUUACUGUUUUAAAAAUAUUAGUAUUUGUAGUUUUUAUUUUCUAGAAAUAGUAAAUUCUUAUAAAUAUUUAGAUUGUAUAAUAUUGAUCGAGAACUUGGAAUAUAUUCUAAAUUACACUCAAUUUUACCUACAAAAAAGGACUUAAAUCUCUUGUUUAAUUUUCAAUUAUUUCUGUUUGGUCUAACAAUUUUAUCCACAGAGUACUAUGAAUAAAAAUUACUAAAAGGUUUUGAAAAUUUGACCACUUGUAGAAAAAGAAAUUAUAGGUUUUCUGUCAAAAUUUCAAGUUUCUACGAAUAUUUUUUAUUAAAACAACAAAAAACAAAAUUGAAAGUAUCACAUUUCAUACAUUUUCUUGUUUUUCCUACAUGUUUUCUCGAUUAUAAUAAUUUUUAUUAUGAAAACUACUUAAAAAAUCAAAAAAUGACCCGGUAAAAAUAUUGUUUACAGAAAGAUAAAAAACAUUAUAAAUGCAAUACAUUCCUUGCUCUGCUCAAAAUCUAAAAUGUAUAUAAUGUUUUAAUUUGUAUUAUCAUUAUUACAUUUAUAAUACAUUGUAGACAAUAAAAUUAUGAGAUUUGCGUUUCUAAGUUAUAUUAUGCCUCAUUAAUUUUUGUAUAUUCUAUAUUAUAAAUACAUGUUCCAUUAUUGCCUAAAUAUAUGCUAUUUAUUUUCAUGAAUUAUAAAUUCUAUUUUAUUGUCAUUUACUGAUCAAAAGAUGAAUUUUAUUUGCAAAUCAAAUUUUAUUAUAAAUACAUAAUAACUGGGUAUUUAGUACACUGGAUGUGCUACUAAAUGUGAAAACUAAUGUAUGGUUGUCUGUUUUAGGACUCAAACAACGUUUGGCGACUGAAGAAAAACUACUCGAAGAAGAACAGGAAAAUGAUGUGGAGAUGGUAACUGCAACAGAAGAAGAAAAUAAUAUAGACCAUAGCAAAUUAUCUUACAUAAAAAUAUAA